AAUCAUCAUCGCCGAAGAUACAGAGGGUGAAUGCGCCCGCGACUGUAAAUAACAAAAAUAACAAGCGACGUCGAUCGAAAUUUUCGCCCGGCAGUAGUGAUCGAAGAUCGAUUUGACGCGUGCGAAAAAACGCAAACAACAAGGGAGAGAUAACACAUAGAUACGACGAGUGGAAAGCGUCGUGGGCUGGUGGAGAGCUGGGCGGAAAACAAGCAUCGACGGCGGGUGCUUGGGCAGCGAGUUUCGCACACGUUCCUGCGUCGCCCGGCAAAGGUUGGCAGGUUUCGGCGCUGCGCUGAUCCGCUCUCCGCGCUUGGCGUCUCAAUCGAGGCAGGCGAUCGGCCGUAUAAGGUGUGCGUUUCUGCGUGCGCGAUUUUCCGUUUUCGUUUUUCGUUCGCGCGCGUCCGCGGCGUGAGUGCGCGUCGCGUGUGUGUGUCCGCCGUGGUCGCGGUCCUCCACCCGCCGAGGGCAAAAACCGCAUACAUCGUUCGUUGACGAAUACGCACGCCGCGCUGCUGAUCGCCGCUCGCUGCGAAUUCGCACUUCAACAUAAGUACCGUGAGACCAAUGAAGUGGCUGGGCGGCGGCGAUGGAAGUGCUGUAGUACACCUGGAGAUGGAACGUGCACAGCGUUCCCAGGAUGAUGCAGCAGUAGGCUAUGAGUUCCAGCGACCGCCUGAUCCUGAAUUUCUUACAUUUGGCAACAAACAGGCACGAUGGGCACUGGGAGAUGAAAGCAUUAUUGAUAAUUAUGACAAAUGGACGUUCCAGGUGAACAGCAAGCUGCCACAGGCGGGCGCGGGCCAGCCGAACAUGUCGUACAUGGGCAUGCCCACCGGACUGUACGACAUGGGCGCACAGAAUAAGAACAUUGCGCCGAAUCUCCACCAGCAGCAGCAGCAGCAACAGCACCACCUUCCGCUUCAGCACCAGCAGCAGCAACAGCAGCAACAACAACAGCAGCAGCAACAGGAUCAGUUGAUGUAUCCUAUGCCGGGGCAGAUGCCUAUGCACAAUCCAUACAUGCAGCAGCAGACGAUACACGCACAACCCCAGCCACAACAGAUCUCAAUGAGGCAGCAACAAGCUCAGAUUGCUCCAUCGGCUAAGAAAAUAUGGGGUUUAGAAGGAAAAGACGGAAAGAACCUGACACUUCAUCCGCUUACACAUGAGGGUGUUUGGCGGGAUCACACAUGGGCUCCAGAUCAUUCUGUUACUGCUCCACUUGGUUUGGGUCGCCGCGGUGGCUAUCCCGGUGGUGUCGGGGGUGGCGGCGAUGCGAGCAUACUAUCCCCACGCGGUAGCGACACGCAGCCCACAUUGGGCGUAAAGAUGGUUGAGUACGUGCUGGGUACAUCUCCGACCAACAAGGAUAGCCUCGAGCCGCGUAUGCGAGCACUACACCUGGACGAUAAGAACGAUAAGGAUAACAAGCCUGCUAGUCCAAAGGACGAUGGCGGUGGUGUGGUGGUAAACGGACAGGUCGCCGUGCAGAACGGACAAGUCGGGCAGAACGACGAGGACGGCAAGGGAUUUAACCGAACGCCCGGCAGCCGCCAACCGUCGCCGGCCGAAGAUGAUUUGAGUAAGAACGGCUUGCAGCUAGAGCAAGGCGUUGUGAUACUCAAGCCCGAUCAACUGCCACCGCAUCUGCAACAUCAGCAACACUUGCAACAACAUCUUGCACCGCAUCUCGGCGUUACCCUCGCCGAGUCGGUCAAUCAGCAGUUUGAGCAUUUUGGGGAUCAACCGCCACCGCCGUAUGAACAACAUCAGUACGCAGCGCCACCACCACCACAGCCUCACCAGGUCGACAGCGCCGUCUUGCAACAGCAGCAGCACAACUUCGACGUACAGCAAUUGUUUCGCUCGCAACAAACGCAAGCGACGACACCGAGCGCCGCCACGCAGCUGCAGCUUCUUCAACAACAACAGCAUCAAUACUUGGCGCAGCAGCAGCAGGCGGCCGCUUUCCCGCAGGCAGCUGGCCCAUACUUGGUAAACGCCCAGCAAGAUCCACAGUAUCUCAUCCCGGCGCCGCCAUAUUAUGGUGUUGCCCCGUGGGGCGUGUAUCCGGCAAACCUCAUCCAGCAGGGUGCAAGCAACGGCGCACGGAGACCACUUACGCCAAACGGCACCGCCGAGGCUCAGCAACAAGUACAGCCACAAGUACCUAGUGGUUACAUCCUUCCCUACUAUGAUCAGAACGCGGCUCCCAUCCUCAUGGCGCAGGGCGCUGCGAUGCGCAACGGCACACCGAUGCGACUCGUUUCGCCAGCGCCGGUGCUCGUCCAGCCGCAAACCUCCAGACAGACACCGGCCGCCGCCUCAUUGUACUCCAGCACACCACAGAACCUCUACGGUGCCAACGUGAACACCUCUGUCAACGGCACUACGCUUGAGGUAAGUGUGGCCCAAGGUUCAGGUUUGUUCCCUACAUUGCACGCGCCCCCGUCUGCCCCAUUCGGCAGUUCCUCGCUUGGUACGAUUGGCUCUUCGGCCGCAACCACCACGUCUUUGCAUACAGGGCUCGGCCUGACGUCGACCACAACUGGCCGCCGCGACUCAUUUGAUCGCAACACGUCCGCGUUCUCGCCAUCGUUGGAGUACCGCCCGAAAUGGCCCGCUUCUUACGGCCUUGGCAGCAGCCCCAGUCCUCUGACGGGCUCCUUGACUCCGCCGCCCACAGCACCGCUACAGCUCGGCAACCUGGUGAAUUCGCGUGUGCUUUCCGCCGCGCCUGGCGCCGAGGCCAAAUAUCGCAACUCGGUAGCUUCUGGUCUCAGCUCCGCCACUACUAUGUUCGGCUCCAACAGCUCGCUCUUCACUAAGAUCAACUCGCUGAACACCACCGUGUCAAACGCAUUGGACAAAGGCCCACAGGGCAGAUCUCGCCUCCUUGAGGACUUCCGCAACAACCGCUUUCCGAAUCUGCAGCUUCGCGAUCUCGCGAAUCACAUCGUCGAGUUUUCGCAGGACCAGCACGGAUCGCGCUUUAUCCAGCAAAAAUUGGAGCGCGCCACCACUAACGAGAAACAGAUGGUUUUCAAUGAGAUCCUGUCGGCCGCCUACAACUUGAUGACGGGUUUUGGUAAUUACGUCAUCCAGAAGUUCUUCGAGUUUGGCACUGCUGAGCAAAGACCCAUUAGCGCAAAGGUGCGCGGACACGUAUUGCCUCUAGCACUGCAAAUGUAUGGAUGUCGCGUCAUCCAGAAGGCCCUGGAAUCUAUUCCUGCUGAACAACAACAGGAAAUUGUGCGAGAAUUAGAUGGACACGUGCUGAAAUGUGUCAAGGACCAAAAUGGAAACCACGUGGUACAGAAGUGCAUCGAAUGUGUGGACCCGAAUGCGUUGCAGUUCAUCAUUCAGUCAUUUGCCGGGCAGGUGUACAGCUUGUCGACACAUCCGUACGGAUGCAGGGUGAUUCAGCGCAUCCUGGAGCACUGCACGCCUGAGCAAACUUCGCCCAUCCUUGCCGAGCUGCACACCCACACGGAUCAGCUUAUCCAGGACCAGUUUGGCAACUAUGUUAUUCAACAUGUGCUAGAACAUGGCAAACCGGAGGAUAAGUCUCAACUAAUUAACACCGUUCGCGGCAAGGUGCUGGUGCUGAGUCAGCACAAGUUCGCCAGCAAUGUUGUUGAGAAGUGUGUAACACAUGCAACCCGCAACGAGCGGGCUUUAUUAAUCGAUGAAGUCUGUGGCUUCAAUGAUAGCGCUCUCCACGUGAUGAUGAAGGAUCAGUACGCCAACUACGUCGUACAGAAGAUGAUCGAUGUGAGCGAACCAACGCAGCGCAAGGUGCUAAUGCACAAGAUCAGGCCGCACCUGAACUCGCUCCGCAAGUACACUUACGGCAAGCACAUCAUUGCUAAGCUGGAGAAGUUCUUCAUGAAGGCGCCCGGACCAUUGGGUAACAUCGGAGGUGAGCUGGGCCCAAUUGGCCCGCCGACGAACGGUGUCAUGUAAGCGGACGGCCUUUGCUUCCAACAGGACAUCGUCGUCGAACGACAGACCGAUUGCAAUGCGAUCGGAGAAAUGCUAAGGCUAAAACACACAUACACAAAGCGUAACUUUUAAGUUUUUUUUUCUCUUUUUCCGACCAAUCGCAGUAUGUAUAACAAACACCGGAAGAAUGAGUGGCGACAAGGUUGUUGCUAGCAUUCUUGACGAUUCUACUGCAUGGAACCAGUAUUUCAUUUAUUUUUUAUCGUUUAUUGUAUUUUAGCAUGUUUUUUAUUACCCAUAUAGUAACAUUUAGGGCUUUAGGUUUAGUUUAGAAUGAUCAUGUAUUCGUAGAGUUAAUUUCGUUCAUCCCGAGCUUUCGGCUACACCCGGCACAGAUAUUAUAUGUGCAUUAAUCUUCGGUUUUGCAAAGCACACGUCAAUCUUGAAGCGUUCCUAUUGCAUUCUAGACCAAAUUUUGUAGAAAACAAAUUUCCGCUAUGCGAGGUAGCGCAAGAUGCGAUGUGAGUAUAAACAUUAAUAACAAAAUAAAAAUUGAUUUGAAUUGUG